AUGUCUGGCGGUGACGAACAAGGUUUUGGUGUCCGGGAUCAUGAGCCGCUUCCGUUUGGGCGACAAUCCUUUGGCCACUCUUUAGACUCGCCGACCGUACCUUUCAACCCCGACCCUUCGACCACGUAUUCUCCGACCUUCACUCUCCCUCCUUCCUCCAAUCAUUUGACCGAAUCGCACAGAGGGCAAUCUCCAGACCCUGCCGACUAUUAUCGCCGUGGAGCCCUAUCAACAUCCAAUGUUAGUGAAGGGCUUGGAGAUGUGACAACAGGCAUGGCUCCGGCCGACUAUUCCCAAAGUGGUGACAAAGUGUCACCGCUGCCAACAAAUGGAUUGGAGUCAUCCCGUGCCCAGCGACCGACAUAUCGCUCAGUAUCCGACUCCUCAAGCUUGGGUCCAUCCAACAUAGCUUCACGACCAGGUCCACGAUCCCGCCAGGCUUCAUUCAAAGACUUGAUCAACAAGUUCAACAAUACCUCCGACCAGGUUCCUCCCCGACCCUCUGCAUCUCGUUCCGCCUCGAGAGCAGCGAGUCCUUCUGGUAGUGUGGAAGACACGGACCGACCUCGUCUCCUGCCUCGCCAUCGUCACGUUCGCGAUUCUCCACCCGUCUCUAUCACCAGCCAUCCGCGCACUUUAGAUUCCAUACCCUCAUCACCGGAAAUUGAGAAGCUUGAGCCGUCACCGGCACCUCCCCACGGGAACACCAUCCCGCCGCCUUUGUUUCAACAGAUACAAGAGGCACAUCCUCGAAGACCUUUGUUCGGUGAAGUGUUGUCGAUCAACACUCAGGUCAACGGCAUCGGCCUUGGAAUCCCAUCUCACUUGCGACGCCGUGGGUCUGAUGGAAGUAUCCCAAGCCCAAACCCAGCGUUCAUUGAUCAAGCCGAAUACUCUGCAAAAUCUCCAUUGACUCCUACCGCAUGGUAUCUUGGACACACAACAUCUUUAGAAGCAGUCCAAGGCGGAGUGAAUGGUGGAAAACAUCGCAGAGUACGAAGUGACCUGGACCAAAAUCCUUCCCGAGAGCCCCUUGCCGAGCCGUGGGAACCUGAUAUGGCGAUCCGCGCGCCCUUGCAGCGGGCGAAGACCGGUGAGAGCCCGCCGGAAAGUCCAAAUUCCAAGUCUCGCAUUCCUGUCUCCUCGCACCGUCUUCUCACUGCUUCCGGCCCGGACGCCCUAUCGCCGACUUCCAAUCCGACAUUCAGCAGCCGAUCUGCUGCUAUUAUUGUACCAUCCAAAGGCACCAGCCGCCUUCCUAUUGCGUCACCAAAACAGAGCCCAUCCCGCAUGCCACAGGAUGAUCCUGCCUCGUUUACAAUAGCCUCGCGUGGCAGACGUGACCCGGCAGCUGGCCGAACCCGCAAUCAAUUAUCCGAAUCCAGUCGACGACUUCAGGCAUACAUCGCUGCCCCACCGCCGAAAAAGUCACCCCAGUUGCGUAGCUCGCGACCCCGACAACCUGUCUCAGUCUCACAUGGUACCUCGGUCUCACCACGCUCCAAAGUUGGUGACACACUUUCGUCAUUACAAAAGCGAGUCGAGCACAACGACCCGCGUUCUCGGCCUCGGCAACGCAGAAUUCCCGAAUUUGGUAAUGUUGAUCUGGAAACUCGCCGCCAACGUAUCCAACAAGCUUUCAACAAAACGGUUCAAGAGAAUGAGCGAAAGGAAGAGGCUGCAGCAGAGCUUCGACGCCGUACUUUGGUACUCGACCAACAGGCAAAUGAGCCUUUCAAUGCGCCAAUCGAUGAAUCUCUAAUCACGCCCAUUCCGCCUGUGGCUGAUACUCCAGUACCCGAAGAUAUGACCACUGUAGUCGAAGAAUCGACCACUCCGGUCGCCUACAAGAAGAAUGGUAUAGAAGGAGUUCCGAAGCUGCAUCUCAAUACUACUCUCCCAACAUCAGACGCGGCGGCACCACACACCACAAUGGACUCUCCGACUCUUGGUAUCCCACAAGGAGUAAGCCAAAAAACGUCCAUGAACGAGACACAACCAUCUGAGGAUACAGCUCCAUGCUCGGCUGUAACAACGGAUUCCAACGACACCCAUGUUACCGCUUUUGACCCGGAGCCGCAGUCUGGGCUCCUCCAAAGGAACCCCAGCUUAUCCAGCCGGACUAUUUUGAACCAGAUCAUGCAAAUCCGUGAAUCUAGCCCGAGUGAUGAUUCAUGUGAUGAACCAGAUUGCAGCAUGUCUGAAGCGGACGAUAAAGAGUCUAUUCAAAUUAUGCUCGGAGAUACAAAGAGCUACUUCAAUUCUUCAAAUAGCACUGACACCCGGGGGGCUCAGAAUCCAUCGAUGCAGGAGACAUCGGCCGCGAAUCAGCCUCAUCACAGAUGGAGUAUGAGUUCAUGGUCCUCAUCUGUACAAAAUCAAACCUGCGACGAGCAGUAUGACGAAAGCUGCGAUGAUAGUAUCAUCGCAGGCCGCGACACAGAGCCCCCAACCGAGACUUGCUCGGUUGUCUCGACCAGGCCAGCCUCUAUCGCCGACGACGAAUAUUCCUCGCCUCUUCAAGAUUAUGGUGUAACAGGGCCUAGCACUCUUCAGGCGUCGGAGUCGCAACCUUUCGGCAAUUCAUUUUCCACGCCACCCACCUUGGCUCGACUUGGUGGAUGGGAUUCAAAACGUGUUACUCAGCUCUACUUUGAAGAGUUGACUCGCGGUAGGAAUCACAAUAUGCCUAUUCCUGCGGUCCACAUCUCACCCGAACCUCGAUCUCACCCAAUGGAUACACGUGCUGACGGGCGAGCCAACAGUCUCACUGAUGAUCCGGUCGUCGUUCCAGGUUUCCAAGACGUCCCUGCUCCGGAUAGACUGUCUCAUGGCGCCAGUCUAGUUGGGCGUGAUGACUGGGAGCAUGCCUCUCCGUCCAUCAUGGACUGGAUGCAAAUCGCUGCUGAGGAUGAACAUGCUACGCCUGCUGGAAAUGGACCUGGAAGUCCCAAUACAGAAGACGUUCUUACACCAAGAUUGUUGCCUUCGACGUUGGACACUGGUGUUUCAGACAACUCGAACGAUGACUCUAAGGCCAGUAAUACCAAUGUUUCCAGGGAGCAGACAUCUCAAAUCAACCUCCCGAAUCCUUCAAUGGAUCCAUCAACGAUGUUGCAACACGUCAAGUCUGCGGAAAUGCCAGCAAGCGAACUACCGGCUGGUCCUCUGAGCAACUUGAAAGCCGAAGUCAACCAAUCUGCUCCUGCUAUCAUGAGGCACAGCCCGGGAAGUAGCGAGGACUCUUCGUUGCGUCACCAUGAGGCCGAAUCCAUUCGCGCUGCCGACUCAUCAGCAACGUCUCUUGCUCCAUCGUCAGAGAACCCUUUACGUCCUGAGACCAGCAAGUCUCCUUCACCUGAAGAGCGCCGUCUCAAGAAGCGUCGUUAUAUCAUCAAAGAAAUCAUCGACACAGAAUACGAUUUCGGUAAUGACAUGAAAAUCGUUGAGGAUAUCUACAAAGGAACAUCCACCUCUUUGUUGGAUCUCUCUGCUGAGGAUGUCAAGGUUCUAUUCGGUAAUAUUGGGGAAGUGGCAGACUUUUCUGAUGCCUUCUUAAUUGAUCUUAAGCAGGCAGUCAAGAAGCUUUACGUCAUUCCACUUUCUCAGCGCUGGAGCAGCAGGCGCAAUCGCAAAAAUGGUCUCGCAAUCGACCGGCCCCCCUCUACAAUCAAUGAAAAUGCUGAAGGUGACAAACUUUCAGACCUUGAAAAGGACCGUGGUACAGCUAUUGGUCGGGUCUUCGUUGCCCACAUGACUAAAAUGGAGAAGGUGUACACUGAAUACCUGAUGAACCAUGAAGCAGCCACCAAGAAACUCCACUUCCUAUCGAAGAAUCCAAAGGUUGUCAUCUGGCUGGAGGAGUGCCACCGUUUUGCAGGAGAUAUUACGAGAGCGUGGAACCUCGACGCUUUGCUAGUCAAGCCUGUGCAAAGAAUUACAAAGUUCCCGCUCCUGUUAGGCCAACUUCUGGAAUCCACGCCAAAUGAUCACCCGGAUAAAGCUGCCAUUGCCACGGCAUUGGAACAAACCGCGAGUAUUGCCGAUCGUAUCAACGAGCUCAAGAAGCGUGUGGAAAUUGUUGGAACUAUCGGCCGGAAGCGCAACCAGUCAGAUGUACGUGCUGGUCUAUCAAAGGCAUUUGGUCGUCGCACGGAAAAGUUCAGACAACAAGUCGGACUUUCUGAUUUGUUUGAAGACAAAACAUAUGAUGCCUUGGCACAGAAACUCGGUGACGGGUACUUCCAAUUGCAGGUGGUCAUGCGAGAUGCGGAGAGUUACACCAAGGACAUUCAACAGUACAUGGAGCAGUUUAGCGAUUAUGCUGGUGCCAUUGUUAGCAUGACAUCCAUGGAGCAGUCUAGUUAUCCGGAGUUGGAAAGCAAGUGGCAUCUGUUCAAGCUGACUGUUCAAGAAAUCAUGACGGAGGCCUUGCCAGCACACAUUGAGGUUGUCCGGAAAUCGGUCAUAGACCCGAUGAUCCAAUUACUUCAAAUUUACGAGGGCCCACAGCGGAUUAUGAGGAAGCGAGACAAGCGGCUACCGGAAUAUGCACGCUACAAGGCCAUCAAUGACCGUGGUGACAAGCCAGACAAGAAGACCACCGAACAGGGAGAGCAGUUUGUCGCUUUAAAUGAGACACUCAAAGACGAGUUGCCCAAGCUCUACGCCUUGACUUCAAAACUCAUGGAAGCCUGUCUCAAAAACUUCAUCCAGAUCCAGUCCACUUGGUUUGGUGUUUUGCAGAAAAAGAUUGGAGCCCACGUUGAAGCAUUCCCCAAUGAUCUUAAUAAGCUCAUCACCGACUUCCACUCUGACCACACCCUGAUGGAAGCUCGAGUCUCCGAGCUGAGUUCUUGCAAUGGGUCCAUACUAGCCUCGUCAGUUGAUCUGGUGCCUAUGUCGCCCUUCAAUGAAGGCAUCACAUCCCCUCGCCGACCUUCAACAAUCAACAGCUCGACCAGGCCCGGCUCCAUGACAGAUGAUUCACCCAAGGUGUCUCGCGACUUCAGCAUCGGAAGUCACCCAUUCCAGUCACCUCAAAUGGAGAGCCAUUCAGUCCGCACCGGUCGCUACCGGGCCGAUUCCACUUUGUCUGGUCGUGUCGUAUCAGACGGCCCCAGCAAAAUGCUGCAGCAAGUCACUGGCUCCAGCACCCCGGCACGAACAUCCGAAACAGAGCCUUUCCCAACCCUGCCACAGCUUAGCCUGGACGCGCCUUUCCUGGCAGAUGUGAUUAACAGCUCGCACUCAACCCAUGCUCCACCUUCGCCUACCGGCGGCCGGUACUCUGGAUUCUUCUCGUCCGCCAUGCCCAUGUCCGAUACCCCCAACGAGCCCCCAGCGGUUCCUAUCAGCAUCACCAGUUCCCCUGCAGCGCCUGCUGUUCUCUUCUGUGCAGCCAGCUUGUACAAUUUUGAUAUCGACGCCCGCAGCGAGGGUGGAUAUUCCUACCUGACAUACGUCUCCGGCGACGUAUUCGAUGUCAUUGGCGAAAAAGGCGAGCUCUGGCUUGCCCGUAACCAGGACGAUGCUACUCACACGGUUGGAUGGAUCUGGAACAAACAUUUUGCCAGAAUUCGAGACUAG